AUGGAUGUGGAUCUAUCAAGGCUUGACAAGCAGAGGCAAGCAAUGCAUGGAUGGAUUUCCUCCUCAUUCUUCGACUCAUUCAUCGGAUUUAUUAUCCUGAUCAAUGCCGUCAUCAUCGGCUUUGAAGCAGAGGUGAGCACGCAAAUCCCUUUUGGUUGUGACGAGAGCUGCCAGUGCGGAGACGCAGGUCGUCAGUCGGAGUGCUUUGCCAUGCCCGAAUGGCUGCAGGCAGUGGACUACGUCUUCGCAGGCAUCUACAUCGCAGAGUUUGGACUGUCCGUAUACUGCGGCUUGCGCGGCUGGCGCGUGCCGUGCACCUUGUUGUGGACUUUUCUUAUGGUGAUGAUCUUGGUCUAUGGGUUUGCCAUCGUUGGCAUUGAGACCAUCCAUGUGGAUUUGACACUGCCUUUGGAACAUCCAUACAACGUGGCAGUGAUGCAAAACUUCGACCGUUUCAGCGAUGCCAUGCUGACCCUCUUCCAGUGCUUCACCCUGGACUCAGCAGGUGAGGUCUAUCGACCCCUGAUCACUCACAACCCAGUGCUGAUUGCGUACUUCAUGACUGUCAUCCUUGUAAUGGCGGUGUCACUGAUGAACCUGGUGACUGCCAUUAUGGUGAAUUCUGCCUUGGACCAGGCAAGCGAAGACAAGGAUGUGAAGCGAGCUUAUGAGGCAGUGCAGAAACGGAAGCAGCUUGAGCAGUUGAAGGUCAUGUUUCUGGAGCUGGACACUGAUGGCUCAGGUGAGCUGACGUUGGAGGAGCUGAAAACUGCUCCGGAGGAAGUCCGCGAGCAGUUGGAAGCAGUGGCAGGCACAGAGGACAUUGAAGGACUUUUUCAGAUGCUGGACUACGAUGGUGGAGGCUCCUUGGACACUUCCGAGUUCUGUGAAGGUGUCCUCAAAGCCUCUACCAGCGAGAAGCCUUUGGAGCUAACGCGCUUGGUCAAGCAGUGCUCCGACAUUCUGCGACUCUGCCACUUGGUACCGAGCUGUAAGCGGAAGACCAGGCUGCCAUGUUUUCUUCCUUUUAGACCAAUGAGAGCUUUUCCUUUUGCACCGUUGAGCCAUAGGCCGGAACAUGUAUGUGAACCAGAAGCAGAAGACAGCAGGAGCGUGUCCCAGGGCAUUUUGGAAUUCCAGCUUAGAGGGAGAUCAUGGGAGAGGAUAUGGGCCAAGCCUAGUGCCAAUGCUGGUCUCCACUUUGGGAUUAUUGAUCUAUUUAUAUAUAUAUAUAUUUAUCAUUUUUUUCAGAGGCUUUGUCGGUAA